UUACAUAUACACGCCACGCAUGGCAAGCAAAACGCCGGAAGUUCCUACAAGAGCAAAUCGCUGCAAAACCCUAACUCGAUUAUUCUCAUUUUCUUCCUCAACCAACGAUACAAUUCAUCUCGUUUGAUAUCGUUUUCCACUUAGUACAUCACGAAUCGAACAUUUUUGUGGAAUCUGAAAGAAAUUACUGCGCAGAAGCUGGGCGAUCGAAGGAACAGGAGUUGGUCGUCUGGCCAUGGAUAUUGAGCAGCAGCAGUCGGAGGUACUCCAGCAAUUCGUGAAGCAGGCGGGAAAUCUUGAAGGGGCGUCUCUUGCUGCUCUUCUAAUAGAGGCGACGUCGCAUCCGUCGCUCUUCGCGUUUUCUGAGAUUCUCUCCGUCCCUAAUCUCUCCACGCUUGAAGGGACUCAAUAUUCUAGUUCUCUUGACUUGCUUCGGUUGUUUGCCUAUGGUACUUGGACUGAUUACAAGAGUGAGUUUCUGCUUUCUUGCUCCUUCAAAAUUCAUGUUCGCAACUCGUACAUGGAAGGUUCCUUUAACCCUCUCCCAUACAACCCUACAGACCGCAACAUAUUGAAGUAG